AUGGAGCUUGUCACGGGAUUUUCCUCAAAUUUACGUGACCUCAUAAUUAUAAGAGCAAUCUUCGGGAUUGUAAUGGGUGGAGAAUGGGGCUUAGGAGCUGCAUUGGCUUUAGAAUCCAUACCACCCGAGGCUCGCGG